AUGAACACGGCAAACGGGACUUCAAGCGGCAGCCAGAACGAACCGGCCGUCAGCCCGGAAGAGGUUCGCGCCGCGCUUGAAGUGGUCGUCAACAGCGAGACCCUGGCCCGCGCCGACCGGGCCCGUUCGCUUCUGGCCUAUCUGGUCAAGGCCGAGCAGAACGGCGAGGCCGCGCGCCUGAAGGGUUUCACCAUUGCCCAGGACGUGUUCGGCAAGGAUGACGAUUUCGAUCCCGCGAUGGAUGCGGUCGUGCGCGUCCAGGCUGGCCGGCUGCGCGAACAUCUGACGAGCUUUUAUGCCGGCGAGGGCAAGGACGAACCGGUCCGCAUCACCGUGCCGAAGGGCACCUACGUGCCCUGCUAUGUCCGCCGCCCGAGCGCGGCGGGCGCCGCCAGCGCUCCGGCGGCGCGACCCAACGGCAGCGGCGGCCGCCCCGAGGCGCCCCGGAUCGUCGAUUUCGGAGCUUCGGCGAGCGCGUUCAAGCUGGACCGCACGAUCGAGGACGCGCCGCUGGCGGCAACGCGCUCCCUGUCCGACAAGCCGCCGGCCGGCGCUCAGGAUGCGCUUCUGAGCCCCUUCAUCGUGCGCAACGUCAAGCGAUUCUGGCUGGCGCUCGCGAUCAUCGUGCUGCUGCUGACGGUGAUCCUGUUCCUGGUCUGGCGCUGA